GCCUGUAUCGGAUCCACGGGGGGAUGCAGGCCGGUGGGCCAAUGUCAGCUACCGGGUACGCCAGCCGAAUGCCGUCGAACCGGCACCCAGGAGGAAGAAACAAAGUUGGUUUCACAAAUUUUGCCGGUGCUGCGCGGGCCACCGGGAUGACAGCGACUGGACACCGGCGCCCGGCGAAGUCCCGGGAGCCCGGCGGACGGAUCCCGUCAUCCGGGAGGGCAUGCUGGUCAUCAAAAAGAUUGAUUUAAUGAGCAGCCGCACGGGCACCAACCGAUGCGCCCAUCACACGGACGAGUACGAGUACAACAACCUGAUCAUCCGCCGCGGGCAGCCCUUCGAGAUGAAGCUUCACUUCCAGCAGCCUUUCGAUUACGAGGACCACCGGAUCUGCCUCGAGUUCCUGGUCGGCCCCAACCCACAAGCCUCGAAGGGCACCCACAUUCUGGUACCCGUCGGCGGUUCCAUGCCCGGCAUGGGCUGGUCGGCGGAAAUGACCAGCUCGGACGACGACACCAUGUCUAUCCGAGUUUGCCCCUCGCCCAGAGCGGUGAUCGGCAAGUACCAGUUCAGCGUGAAGACCCGAAGCAAGGCGGGCGAGUACGCCGCGCCCUUCGACCCCAACAACGAGGUGUACAUCCUCUUCAACCCCUGGUGCCCAGAGGAUUCCGUCCACAUGCAACAGAGCGACUGGCUAAAGGAAUACGUGCUGAACGAAACGGGAAGAAUUUAUUACGGGACGGAAAGUCAGAUCGGCGAGCGAACAUGGAACUACGCGCAGUUUGACCACGGGAUCCUGGAUGCUUGUUUGUUCAUGCUGGAUAAGCGGGGGAUGCCUCACGCAAGCCGAUCCGAUCCGAUCAUGGUUUCCCGCGUCGUCUCGGCCAUGGUGAACUCUCUAGACGACAACGGUGUUCUCGUCGGAAACUGGACGGGGGAUUACUCCCGCGGCACCAACCCUUCGGCCUGGGUGGGCAGCCGAGACAUCCUGCUGAAGUACCUCCGUACCGGUUACCCCGUCCUCUACGGGCAGUGCUGGGUGUUUGCGGGCGUCGUGACCUCAGUUCUGCGGUGCCUGGGCAUUGCCACCCGGACUGUCACCAAUUACAACUCGGCGCACGACACGGACGUCAGCCUCACCAUGGACAUCUACUUUGAUGAGAAUAUGAAGCCCCUGGAGCAUCUCAACGCCGACUCUGUGUGGAAUUUCCAUGUCUGGAACGACUGCUGGAUGACGAGACCGGAUCUGCCUUCGGGGUUCGACGGGUGGCAAGUGGUGGACGCAACCCCUCAGGAGUCCAGCAGUGGGAUCUUCUGCUGCGGGCCCUGCUCCGUGGAGGCCAUCAAGAACGGUCUGGUCUACAUGAAGUACGACGCUUCCUUCUGCUUUGCCGAGGUGAACAGCGACAAGGUGUAUUGGCAACGCCAAGGGGACGGCAGCUUCAAGAUCGUCUACGUAGAAGAAAAAGCCAUCGGCCAUCUCAUCAGCACCAAAGCCGUGGGAUCCCAUCAGCGGCAAGACAUUACCAGCCUUUACAAGCACCCCGAAGGAUCGGAAGCCGAGCGCAAAGCGGUAGAAACAGCCGCCAAGCACGGCACCAAGGCCCACAUCUACACCAACAAAGAGUGGGGAGAAGACAUCUCGGUGACGGUCGACACCCAGGAGGCCUACACCGGACAGGACAUUUCCUUGAGGGUCAUCCUGAAGAACCGGAGUUCCAUGCCUCGCAACGUCUCUCUCAACCUCUUUGUGGCGGUCAUGUAUUACACGGGAGUCACCGGCAGCAAUUUUAAACAGGAGCAGCGGCAAGUCCAGGUUCCUGCAGGAGGAGCUCAACAGGUUCCGAUGGUCAUCUCCUAUCCUGAGUACAAGCCCCAUCUGGUGGACCAAGGAGCCAUGAAGCUCAGCAUCUCCGGGAAAGUAACCGAAACCGGACAGGUCAUCGCAAAGGAGCACACUUUCCGUCUUCGCACCCCGGACCUCACCAUGACGCUGCUGGGCCCAGCCAUCGUUGGACAAGAGACUCAAGUCCAGAUCGUCUUCAAGAACCCCCUUCCUGUGGUUUUGACCAACGUCACUUUCCACAUGGAAGGAUCCGGACUCUCGACUCCCAACACAAUGACCGUCGGGUGAGUAGACCUGUAAAAAAAGCUGCCUAUUGUGGUGUUUUUGCUCUUCCUAUGAUCCAGUGCCCACACGCAAAGUUUAAUGCUCCCCUGGC